AUGUCCUGCGAUGAGAAUGAGUAUGAAAUUGACCAGCACAAAUUUCUCAGACAUUGGAAAUACUGCAUCCGUUCGGAUUUCGCUUCCCUGUCUGGUGUACCGGCGACUUGGGAGGAUGGCCAUCCAAAACACUGGGGACAAGAGGAAGCGAAAAUCUUCUUGGAUGGGGAGGCGACCACCCCUGCUAUAAGUCCAGACAACCAGCUGGUCGCCGUGGGAAUUGCAAAUGACAUUCAUAUAUUCCGUGUGGACACUAAGAAGCGGAUCGAUGUGUUGCGUGGACAUCCAGGAGAGGUAAUUACUCUCGCCUUUGCACCUUCCCUAGGUGGAGGUUCCAUCGACCAGCCAGAUGCGCCACGGUAUUUAUUAUCCUCACAAAGCGAAGAUGAAGGUGGAGUUCAUGGCUAUAUCAUAGUGUGGGAGCUUGCUCAGAACGGCAAGAAGAUGCCUCCCCCGAAAGAGGAAGAGGAACAACCAAACUUCGCUGCAUACCAUGACGAAACCGGCUCCAUGCAUUGUUUUCCAGGCGAUUUGGGUUCAUUUGGAAGCCAAGCCUUCAGCCCCGACGGUAAAACCAUGGUUUAUGUUGUCCAAAAUAUGACAAGCGACUAUUACACUGGCCAAUGCCGAUAUUCCCCCUGUGUCACCCUCUGGGAUGUGAAUACCAGGUCAAUUCGACACCAGCUACAUGGGCACACGGACUGUGUCCUGUGA